CGGAAGCCCUGAGCCUAGGGGUGGCGGUAGAACCCGGAUCGCGGAAUUCCACGUUCUUAGGAGCGGGGCUUCUGGAGACGGCGGGUGGGAAAACCCGGCGCCCGGAAGCCUCUGCUUUCUUUGACGCAAGGGCUCGGGACGCAGCCGCCGUCGGCCGAGCGCCCGGCGAGGAGCGACCCCAGACGGAGCCUUCGCAGCCGCGUCGCCCCCCCCUUCUCCCGGUCUCCGAGCCUCGCUCUUCCUCGCCACCCUCCUCGUGGCCAUGGAGUGUCCGCACCUCAGCUCAAGCGUCUGCAUCACUCCAGACUCAGCCAAGUUCCCCAACGGCUCCCCGUCGUCCUGGUGUUGCAGCGUGUGCCGGUCCAACAAAAGCCCCUGGGUCUGUUUGACUUGUUCAAGUGUCCACUGUGGAAGGUAUGUGAAUGGCCAUGCAAAAAAACAUUAUGAAGAUGCACAAGUACCCUUAGCUAAUCAUAAGAAAUCAGAAAAGCAAGAUAAACCUCAGCACACAGUGUGUAUGGAUUGCAGUAGCUACAGCACAUACUGUUAUCGCUGUGAUGAUUUUGUGGUUAAUGACACCAAGCUGGGACUCGUACAGAAAGUCAGAGAACACUUACAGAACUUGGAAAACUCAGCUUUCACAGCUGACAGGCAUAGGAAAAGAAAACUUUUGGAAAAUUCAUCACUAAACACCAAGUUAUUAAAAGUAAAUGGAAGCACCACUGGCAUUUGUGCCACAGGCCUUAGGAAUUUGGGGAACACAUGUUUCAUGAAUGCCAUCCUUCAGUCACUCAGUAACAUCGAGCAGUUUUGCUGUUAUUUCAAAGAACUGCCCGCUGUGGAGUUAAGGAAUGGGAAAACAGCAGGAAGGCGAACAUACCACACCAGGAGCCAAGGGGAUAACAAUGUGUCUUUGGUGGAAGAGUUUAGAAAGACACUCUGUGCUUUAUGGCAAGGUAGCCAGACUGCAUUUAGCCCAGAGUCCUUGUUUUAUGUUGUUUGGAAGAUUAUGCCAAAUUUUAGGGGCUAUCAGCAACAGGAUGCCCAUGAAUUCAUGCGCUACCUUUUGGACCACCUGCACCUGGAACUCCAGGGCGGUUUCAAUGGUGUUUCCCGCUCAGCAAUUCUGCAGGAGAAUUCUACUCUAUCUGCAAGUAACAAAUGUUGCAUGAAAGGGAUUUACAAGACAAACUCCCUAGAGACAGAAGGAAAAGAAAAUGGAGCAUCUACAGUUGUCACGGCUAUAUUUGGAGGCAUUCUCCAGAAUGAGGUUAACUGCCUCAUAUGUGGGACAGAAUCUAGAAAGUUUGAUCCAUUCCUAGACCUUUCAUUAGAUAUUCCAAGUCAGUUCAGAAAUAAGCGCUCUAAGAAUCAAGAAAAUGGACCAGUUUGUUCAUUACGAGAUUGUCUUCGCAGUUUUACUGACUUAGAAGAACUCGAUGAGACAGAGUUAUAUAUGUGCCACAAAUGCAAAAAGAAACAAAAAUCCACCAAAAAAUUUUGGAUUCAGAAACUACCCAAGGUGCUAUGCUUACAUCUGAAACGAUUUCAUUGGACUGCAUAUUUAAGAAACAAAGUUGAUACCUAUGUAGAAUUUCCACUGAGAGGCCUAGACAUGAAAUGCUACUUAUUAGAGCCUGAGAACAGUGGCCCAGAGAACUGCCUGUAUGACCUUGCUGCCGUGGUGGUGCACCAUGGUUCCGGGGUCGGUUCUGGACAUUACACAGCGUAUGCAACUCAUGAAGGUCGCUGGUUCCAUUUCAAUGACAGUACUGUAACGCUGACUGAUGAAGACACCGUUGUGAAGGCAAAGGCCUACAUCCUUUUUUACGUGGAACGCCAGGCCAAAGCUGGAUCAGAUAAACUUUAAUACCUCCUUUAAAUCAUUAUUUGUCAACUAUACCGGACAAACAUUUCCAGUUUUCCGUAAAUACUUGAUCCAAGAUUUAAUUUCAUUAUGCACUUUUCAAUUUCCUAUUUUGGGUUUAGUUUUGUCAAUGGUAGUGACGUAUUGAACAUGGGCACCAACUAUUUUUUUUAGUUCUACCAGAAAACCUCAGCAGAUAUUUUGAUUUGCUGCUUUAGUUGUAAUAAUUGUUUUUAUAUGUAGUUUCAAGAACUUAGUUCUAUUUGACUUUUUUAUAUUAAUGUUUUCAGUUCUCACUCUGAGGCACAUUUACAUCAAUGCUUUGUUACUGUCACAUGCUGAAAGCAGGAUGUGUUCCUGAACGUGAAGAGCAAUAGAACUGCUGCCUUCCACAGCUGUAAUGCGACAUCAUGUGGACUUGACCUCCAGGAUCAUGCGUGCACAUCAUUUGUGGCCCACAAGAUUUCACUGACUGUAAUUCUUUUUGAUUGUAAGAGAUGACUGGGAGGGCAUCAGUAAAUAGACCCGGUGAUUGCUGCUCUUGGCAUCUCUCAUGACUGCUGCUUAUCAGCACUGAUUAAAUCAAUUUGUUGGUUCACUUGUA